GCCUGGGUGAGGACGGAGCUGGGCGGGAGCUUACUGUGGCAGUUGGCGAGUGCUGUAGAACAGGCUACAUCAUGGGAGUUGCGGUCGAGGCGAAGGGCGACCAGAGCUGCGCAGGGGCGGCCGUCGGCGAGUGCCUGGGCGAGAUCGGCUAUGCGAGCAUGGGGGCGCAGUUGGAUGGUGAACCAGCCCUGGGGUCUAUGAAUGGCCCGGUGGAAAGUGGUGUCAAGACGGCGGCUGGCCUGCCGAGGACUGGGCGGCUAGCUCUGGGGAGGCGCUGCAACGUGAAGUUCAUUGAGGACAUGCCC